AUGGCCACCAACGUCGCCUACAACCUUCUCGAAAAGUACGCACCAGUACUCGCCGAGCACCUCGUCACUGUCAAUGCGACAACGGCACAGAACCAGCUGUAUCCAGGGGUGGACCUGUUGGGUCUGAAUUGGCUCGAGCGGACAUGGGCGAGCUACUAUAUCUGGAUGGGGAACCCUGUUUUAGCUACGGGCCUGCUGAGUUUUGUGAUACAUGAGAUCGUCUACUUCGGCCGAGCGAUUCCAUGGCUCGUCAUCGACCGCAUGCCAUACUUCCGUCAAUGGAAGCUGCAGGAGAACAAAACCGUCACCAGCGCACAAAUCUGGAAGUGCACCAAAGUCGUCCUCCUUACCCACUUCACCUGCGAAUUCCCCCUCAUCUACCUCUUCCACCCCAUCUGCUGCUACUUCGGCAUGGCGACCUACCAGGUGCCGUUCUCGCCCAUCGGACUCAUGGCGGCUCAGAUUGCAUGCUUCUUUGUCUUUGAGGACAUGUUCCACUACUGGGCGCACCGGGCGCUGCACUGGGGUCCAUUGUACAAGAACAUCCACAAACUGCAUCACGAGUUCUCGGCUCCUAUUGGACUUGCUGCCGAAUACGCCCACCCCCUCGAAGUCCUCAUCCUCGCCCAGGGAACCAUCAUGGGCCCCUUCCUGUACUGCCUCUUCCGUCAAGACCUCCACAUCUCGACAGUCUACAUCUGGAUCACGCUCCGCCUGUUCCAAGCGGUCGACGCGCACUCGGGGUACGACUUCCCCUGGUCAUUGCGCCACUGGCUCCCUUUCUGGGCCGGCGCGGACCACCACGAUUUCCACCACCAGGCGUUUGUCAACUGCUACUCGACCUCUUUCAGGUGGUGGGACUACAUGCUCGGAACAGACAACAAGUACCACGCGUACAAGGCCCGCGUUGCCGCCGCCUCCGACAAAGACCGCAAGGCCGUGCAGAAGAAGGAGAUUGCCGAGGUGGAGAAGGAGGGUCUCCGGGCAGAACGGAUCGCCGAGAUGGGCGGAGGACAGGGCGGGAUGGAGGGUGUGCCACGGGGGAAGCUCGAAUAG